AUGGAAUACUCCGAGUUCUCUAUCUUCCCCUUGCCAGCCUCAAUCCGGCGCCGUCUGCCCCGCCUAUCUUCGUUCCACCGGGCCGAGAUCAAGGGCACCGAAUCAAACGGGAAUCCGCACCACGGAUUGGCCUCUUCGUCCGAACCGCAGCUAUUGUGUCACACCCAAAUAUCCACAGUGAUACCAGAGGUCCAGAGGCCUUCGACGGCUAGCGAUGACUUGGACUUAGACUCUAGUUCUGGGCGAUCAGAUAGUUCCCGGGAGGAGAUGGGGUCGCCGGCGAAAUACGAGACUGAGUCAGGACUGCGGUGGAAUCGAGGUCGUGGUCCGACUGAAGCGAUCAAUCUUCUCCGUAAUGCGGGAUACGAAGCGCAGCAGGUGCAGGCUGACGGACGGCUGGUUCGAUCGCUUUACGUGAAUGCAUUGGUAUACUUGCUCGAUGCGCUACCUGCCGACUUGACCGCCGAGGAGACUUCCACGCUGCGACACCAUGUUCCAGAGCCGGUGAAGGCGGACUUAAUGACAUGCUCACAGCCGCCGCGGUACUUGGGAGACGCAAGUCACAAGGUAGAAUCGCAUCCGAAAUCCUACCUCCACAAAGCUCUUGCUUCGACGAUUGUGCAACUGUUUAUUUUGCUGCGGUUCAUUUUACCAUAUGCGAAGUUGCUGUUGUGUCAGCUGUAUGAGUACGAGCGGACACAUCGCAUCACUGAGCGCAUUAUGACUACCACGCUGGAUGCGGCUGAUGGGUUGGGCAAAGGCAGUCUGAAUAUUGGAGCUGCGGUAUGUAAGUUCAACGAAGGACGGGUUGGUGCUGCACUGUCAAAUUUCGCUGGUUGGUGGAUGGAAGGUGUGGCUGGAGGAAUAUACGAAGGGGUGGGUGAGGGGAUGCUCCAUUUGGGUCUCUUGGGAAAAGAAGCGGAUAUAGAUAGACUUCCAUUGCAAUCAAUGGGUAAAUAG